CUUUUUUUCACUACGACUCUCAGGGAGUCAGCGCCAUUCGAAUUGGCCGGUCAAGCAUCCCCUUCAGAGAGCCCAGAAGUCUUCAGACCAUGAAUCUGCAUUCAUUCCUGAAACUCGCUUCACUACUCGAUACUUCCAGCUUCCGGCGACAACCUAAAACUGACUAUUUCUCACUUCGAAUUCUUCCCGUGUUAUAGCUCACGCGUCAUCCUUUCUCCGCCGAUGCAGCUCUCGACUUCUAUGAGCCGCAGCGUCAUCGCUGCUGUGGGACGACUUUGUACCACAUGAGUCGGCAAGUACCAACGGAAAACCCCGGAUUUGAAGAACGGAGAGGCGUCAUUUGGAUUCUUGCAAGCCGUAGUAACGGGCCGAUGACGUCCUCGCAUCCGGCCAUUGAAGGGCGCACAAGGAUAUGAGUCAGUCAUAUUGGGCGUUAUCGCAGUCUUGAUCGCGCUGACUGACGUCCCACAAAUCGAUCUAUAAAACAACGAACACGCACAGCGAGGUGGCCAUAAUCGCACCCCCACUUUCCACGACUCCCUCAUGCCCACUCUCCAGUCAGGCAAAGUCCUCGUCUCUGGCGCCAAUGGAUACAUCGCAGUGUGGGUGGUGCGCUUCUUCCUCGAAGAGGGCUAUUCCGUGCGCGGGACGGUGCGUUCGGCGGACAAAGGCACGCAUCUCGUCGAGCUCUUCAAGUCAUACGGCGACAAGCUCGAGGUGGUGGUCGUGCCGGAUAUCACGGCGGACGGCGCGUUUGACGAGGCCGUUAAAGGUGUCGAUGCGAUCGCGCACACUGCUUCCCCGUUCCAUUUCCAGGUCCACGAACCAUCGGAGCUCAUCGGGCCCGCUGUCAAUGGCACUUUGGGGAUACUGAAGAGCGCUUUGAAAUGCGGCGAGAACGUCCGCCGCGUAGUGGUGACUGCUUCGACUGCCACGGUCCUCACGGCCAACCUGCCGACGCAGACGGUAUUCAGUGAGAAGGACUGGAACGAACGGGCAAUAGAGCAGGUAGAGAAGUUGGGUGUCGAAGCCAGUGCCGGUGACAAGUACUGUGCCAGCAAGACUCUCGCUGAGCGUGCUGCCUGGAACUUCAUGAAGGAGCACCCGGAGGCCAAGUUCGACCUCACGGUGCUCAAUCCCCCGCUUGUCUUGGGUCCUGAUAUCCAGGGCGUCUCGUCUCCAUCCGAGCUCAACACAUCCUCGAAGGCGAUGUACCGCGGCCUCACCGACCCCGCAGCGCUUGUCGACGGCGCUCCGUUCAUCGACGUGCGCGACAUUGCGCUGGCCCAUGUCCGCGCGGUGCAGCGAGAGGAGGCUGGCGGGGAAAGGAUCAUUGUCGUCGCGGACAAGCCCUACACGUGGCAAGAUUGCCUCGAUGCACUGCCGGCGGCGGCCGUGGCUUCUGGAAAGUACCAGAAGGGAAAGCCCGGGACCGGCAAAGACGUUCCCCAGAACAUAUUGUAUGACAACUCGAAGGGGAAACGGAUCCUCGGCAUCAAGUACCACUCGCUGGAGGAGAUGACCGCUGCCACGGUAGAGCAACAGACAGCGUUCACUGCCUCAGAGAAUAGAACCACUGAUGAAUAUCCUUUCAGUGGUGAGCAGAACUGCGAGUUGUUUUAUGCCCGGUACGGAUCCCCAAAGUGUCCGCAUUUCGAUUGCUCGCGCCAGGGAGAUCCGCGGGUCCCAGCUCGAAUAACGGAUAACGAUCUCGCAUCCAUGCCAAAAGAACUGGACAGCUUGUACAGCCUUCCCGAGAUGGCUUCUGAAGUUUUGCCUUCAAAGGGGACUGACGAAGGCUGUCCGUUGACACGCGUCCUCUCUCUUAUGUCGUCUCUCACCGAGCUCGACGAGUCAUCGGUUGUAUGGGGCAGUCGGGUGUUGAUUUCGGCAGCGGUGCUCUUCUUCAACGACUUCCUGUUGACGCUGCCGCAAGAAGUGCGGUUCCACGAAAAGCGCAGAAAUCGGCACGUAAGCGGGACGGUCUUUUUCAUCCUGCUGCGAUACAUUCCUGUGCUGUAUCACCUGGCCGUGAUAAUACCGAUAUGCCGCGAUGUGUGGACCGUACAAGUACGUAUGUACAAAUCCUCACGACUUUCACCAUUGACACAAACCCUUACCCGACCCUGGAGCUGUGCGAUCUGGGAUUCAAUCGGCCUUAGCUUCGAUUCCGCCUUCCAGAUGAUUUAUGUUUGUAUCAUCUCUUGGAGAAUUUUCAUCAUCAGUGGCAAGCCGGUUGGAGCGGUCGCCCUCGUCGUGGGUCUCUUGCCUUCAAUCAUCAAUGUGGCUCUCCCAAAUCCGUCGGUUUUCCCUCAAUGCCGGGCAAUAAAUCCCUCUGAUACGUCGAGAAUCAUUUUGUUUGUGCCUUGCUUACGGGCGAUAUUCGACGCUUUCACGACGAUCGUGUUGUUCUUCACCUUCUGGAAGCGCUCCCGUGCGAUUCGGGACUUGCCGGGACUGAGCACUGGGGGGCUCGUUGAAUAUUUGAUGGAAGAAGGCGAGUGCUCCGCCGUUUGUCCGUAUACGGUGGAUGAGAACUCCGAACAGAAAUCAAGGAUAUCCUGUGCGUUCCCGCCUCUGAUAUUAUUAUCGAAAUUGAGGACGAUUCUCAUUACCAGCUUGAUCUUUGUGAUCAUGGCGAUGGAAGCAACCUUUUUCCAGAUCCCUUCGGCGCGCAAUCACGCAAGGAACUUCAUCGCGCCAUAUGUUGAUGCACUGACACCUCUGCUGGCGACGCGAUUCAUCCUUGAGCUGCCCAUGCGCAGUCAGGAGACCGCGGAGACGAGAAUGAGUGCCGUGUCCCGCACAUACUUUGAGCGUUACGGGUCCGAGAGGAACACGAAGGGGUUGUAUUCUACUGAUGGAGAUGAGGGCGAGAGCGCGGAUUUUGGAACGACGACCAUACGACCGGGGGAUAGCGCAGUCCAUUUGCCGGAUGUAUCGUCGUAUCGUGGAUCCGACCUGUCACGCUCGACUACUGUACAAAGUGCAGUGGCCUAGAAGGCUGCCGCAGUUAUUAAUAGCAUAUAAGAUUACCAUCCCAUUCAAUUCACUCUUUAGCGCCGUUGAGAUG